UGCACUCUGCGCGUUUCAGGAGACACCUGGUGGUUGUUUAGAAAGCUCCGAUUCAAAACAUCAAGAUAAAGUUUUCCAAAUAAGCAAAAAGCAAGCAUGGCGUCAACUCACAUGUGUGAUUUUCUAGCCCUUCCCGUAAAGUACAAAGAGUCGAGCUGCGCCUGCCACUGGCUCUACUGCAAAGAGCAUUCGGUCCGUGAAAAAAGUUCCGCAAAACCUGCUGGCCGCACACUUUUUGUCGUCAACGUUCCGCCGUUUUACACAGAGGAGUGCGUGAAGAAACUUUUUGAAGAGUGUGGUCCAAUUUUGAAUGUCUACUUUCACAAAAAGCCCACGGCUGCCGGGCCUCAGGAAGAGGACUCGCGGUUUUUCAGCAAGAUCGAAACCAUCAAAGGCUAUAAAGUUGCGUAUGUGGUCUUCAAAACUGGAUCAGCCUUAGAAUCCGCCUUAAAGCUCCGAUGGAAGAAACCAAAGGUCUUGUAUAGUAAAGAAGACAAAACUCUUCCGACAGCUGUGCAAAUAUGGAAAGCGAGCUAUGACAGAAACAUUCCUGUUGUCAGUGAGCUUCAGGCGGAUAUUGACAACUUUAUGGCGCAAUACGACGAGAAAAUAUCUGACGAACAGAGAAAGCUGAAAGAAACCGAAGGGCAGGAGGAUGAAGAGGGGUGGGUCACUGUGACCAAGAAGGGUAGAAAGCCAGGGUUUGCAAGGAAGGAGAGCGUUGAGCAGAGGGUGCUGGCCAAGGAGGGCAAGAAGAAGGCAAAGAAGGAACUGCUCAACUUCUACACUUUCCAAAUUAGAGAAUCAAAAAUGAAUCACUUAGCUGAGCUGAGGCAGAAAUUUGAAGAGGACAAAAAGCGAGUUGCUCAACUCCGCCAAUCGAGAAGAUUCAGACCAUUUUAGUGUAAAAAUAUUUGUAAUUUAAGGGAAAUAUUAAUAAACAAAUAUUAAAGGUUUGAAA